CUUGCUAAAAAUUUGCCAAUUGGGAAUCCAAAGGGCAAAUAAAUAAGUUUGUUUUUCAAAAAGAAGAAAAUAUACAAUCCGACACAAAGUGGGUCCAAUUUUUUUAUCAGGAUAGAAUUCUGAAUAAAAAACUCUUUUACUUUUUGGGACAAACCUUAUGAAUACAGUUUGUAUACAUUUUAUGGACUUUACAUUGAAUACAGAAGAGGAAAUAAAAAAUAAAUCACAAACUUAGGCCUUAUAAAAUACUGGCCUUGUGAUACUGAUUUGAUUAUUAAACAAUGUAUGUCUUUUUCGUUAUAUUUAAAUUAUUUUAGCAUGGAAAUGUUGCUGCAUUUAUACAUUUGUAAUAUAGUAGAAUGCUUUUUGUUCUUUGAAAAUGUCCAUAUAUUGCAAAUACUUACAUUUAGAGUAAAAUAUCCUUACAGCAAAGUCCCAGGGAAGCCAAUUUUGCAAUUGUUAUAAAAGUAUGAAGUUAAUGUGUUAAGUUAACAAUGCAUUUGAAGACCAUUGGGCAUAAAAAUCACUAGAUUGCAAGUGUCAACUGAUACCAUGUUUUACACUCUUUAGUUUAAUAAAGGAUAUGGAGAUAAUGAACACAAUUCAAUAUCAAAGUCCAUAAAAUAAUACAAAACAUGAGCAGAGCAAACAAGGGCCUGUUAAACAUCAGAGGUGGGAUCAGGUGCCAUGGAGGAGUAUAUAUUAUAAUGUAUGGGUUCUGCAUUAUCCUUUAAAGAGAAGAUUAUGCUCCAAUGGCAUUUAAAUUUUGUUUCCAUGUAAACAAUUAUAAAACGAGUCACAAAAUUUGAUCAGCAAAAUAAAAACAAAAUCUUGUCUAAUCAAUUAAUUUGAAAAAAAAGAGAAUGGAAGCAUAAUCUUAAAUUUCUUCCUACACUGUUUAUUUGCUUUUGGAUUCGACUGUUUUUUAUCAUUAUUGCGUGACAACUACUAGUUGCUUAUAGAGGAAAUCCCUUUUACAGCACGAUUUUACCAUUUCCUUAUCCCUUUUACAGCACGAGUUUUACCAUAUCCUUAUCCCUUUUACAGCACGAGUUUUACCAUGUCCUGACAGAAGACGAUGUUCCAGAUGAUGCAGAGAACAUGAAGCCGAAAGAUUUGAAAGUGGAAAUCUACAGAUUGUCUGAUGCCUCGGGAAAUCUGACGUUAAAAGUAGAGAAGAGUGGGUUAGUAUCCACGUCUGAUUUGAACAGCAAGGAUGUGUUUAUUGUCUUCACCAAGAAAGCUGUCUUCGUCUGGAUUGGAUUGGAAACUACUGUUGCUGAGAGAAAGAAUGCAAUGACUUAUGCUCAUAAAUAUCUACAGAAAACUGACCAUCCACUUCUGCGUAUCUGAAGGAAAACAUGACAGACAGAUCAAGAUGGCUCUCACCGUCUAGUUAUCCGAGGACAAAAGUUGAGGCUUAUCUUAUCCAUAAAUAUUUGACACCGAGAAAUGACAGUUUUUGAGUUGAAAAAAAAACUUUUAAUAUGUUGUUUUGAUAUAAUAUAUAAUCGUACUUUAAAUUUUGAUUAAAAAUUAUCUCCUUAUAAAAUUCAUUUGUAUUUUACAAAAUUCUGCAGAUAUCUGAACGACUUUUACAUUAUAAGAUUGACAAAAGUAAUCACCUCAAACCUGCAAAAUUUAAAAGUUCAAAGUUGUAAAAUGGCUGAGCAAUCAGAGUUAGAACAUAUUAAGACGGAUCGGAAUUGUUCAAAAAAGGACGUUUUCAAAAUAAGAGGAGCAACGAGCAGUGAUAAAAUUCUGCGUAGACAUCGGAAAAACACAGGGACAAUACAUUCUGUAAACAAUCGGGAAAGCAUAGUAAAAGAAGCCGUUCAUUAGGACUUAAGUGGCAUAUUAUAUUUUUGGACAGAAGAAACAGUUUACAGAAUGACAUGUGUGAAGGAAAACCAUCACUCCGAGAUUGCAGUGCUGUAAAAAAAAAAUGAAUUUUGUUAGGUGACUUUUCCGUAGUUCCGUAAAUAACAUCUUUUUUCGCAGACAGAGGUUGGAUGAUUGCAGGCUAUAAGACAGGCAUUGUUAAGUAUUAUUUUACGUAUGAAAUUUUAAACCUCAACAUUUUGUGCACAUUUUUAGGAUUGGUUAAAGCGACAUUAGAAAUGUAUUGAGUUAAACGGUGACUAUGUUGAUAAAAUUUACAUGUAUUCGUAUUAAGCUUUUGACGUUAGAUAACGUCAAGAAUUUUCGUUUUAGUGCUCUGGGUAUCAUGAGUGUGUGUCUUUUUUGUAUCUGAUAAAAAUAUAACUAUUUGUACUUUGCUCAUGUUGAACACAUAUUAAUAACAUGAAACAUGAAUUUAAUAAAAAUAAUAGUUUCAUAUGUUUUAUCAUGGUUUGUCAGUUAUUAUCAAUGUUGUCCACGAACUUUACGGACAACCCUCGUCUAUGCUUAAUUUAUAUAUUUUUCAUAUAUACAUACAAUUAUCGAUGUUACUUAUGUAAAUUAUAUGGUUUUUGGGGUUUGUGAUUAUAUUUGGAAUUCUUUUUCAUUCCUUUCUUUUUCUCUAGUUUAUAUAGUGCUAUUUUCU